CUGCUGGGGGAGGGGCAGAGGGCGCUCUACCUGGACGUGAUGCGGGAGAACUACGACACGCUGGCCUCCCUGGGUGAGAAGCAGGCCGGAGCCGGCUGACGGGGGGACGGGAGGCCGGGUCAGCACCACGUGGGUCCUGAGUCGCUCUGCACCCCGGGACCCACCGGGCCUUGGGCUUUGUUUACACAAUGAGGUGGCGUCGAGAGCCUUGUGCUGAGCUGGGGGCCUCGUGGGUCUUUUAUGCUGUCGUUUCUGUGGACCGUACUAGGGUGCUGGGUGUGAUCCAGUGGGGGCCCGAACAAACUGGCAAAACAACACUGGUUCCCGAGGUUCUGACCGUCCCUGGGGUUUGGGUGGUCAUACGGACACACACGUGCACGGGUGCGUGGAUGGCAGGUGCCUGGGCUGCUGGCGUGAUCGCGUGUGGGAGGGCGGAGGCCGGCUCCCACUCCCGGGGGGGACCGUCCCUCUUUUCCUUCGCAGGGACAGUGGACCUGCUGCCCCUCUCUGCCUUCCUGUGUCCCUCGGAGCCUGGAGGAGCCGUGGGGGGCGGGGGCUGUGCUGCUGAUGGGCAGGACUCUCCGCGGGGAGGAGGGCCCCUGGGAGGAGCCCCCCAGCACAGCCUGCAUCUCAGCGCCCUGGUGCAGCUGGUGAAGGAGAUCCCAGAGUUCCUGUUUGGGGAAGUCAGCCCUGAGAGCGGGGGAGCCAGCCUGGACGGGGAGGGGGCGAGCCCCGAGGCAGCAGCUGUGAUGGGGGAUACUUGCCCUCUCCGAGGCUUGCUCGGCUGCCUUCCUGACACACCUGUUGGCCGGCCUGGCCUGGCCACUAUGCCCAGCGGCAGCUCAUCCAGCAGCCCGCCCAGAGCCAGGGGGCAGGGGAGCCCCCUUCCCAUCAAAACUGCUGACACGCCAAGGCCUGUGGAGGAGGAAAGCCCAGGAGCCCCCAGCCAGGAGCCUAGCCCUCCUACCCGUAGUCCCAGCAGGCAGAAGAGCCACAGGAAUCAGGAGACAGGGGCCACGGGGACAGGAGCUGCGGGAAUCUCUCCUGGGAACAACCCCUUGCAAGGCCUCAUCAACUACCUGAAGGAAAUCCUCGAGCCCGGGCCCCAGCACCCCGAGCAGCCCCUGAGCUUACCGCCACCAGUCGCCGGCCUGGGUGCGACCCAGCUGACCAGAGCAGAGCUGCAGCCCGGGAGCCCGCCCUGGGCAGACAGAGACAGCCUCAGGAGAUUGUCCCCUCCAGAGUCUGCUGAACUGUCUGAAGGAGAUCCCAGAGGCCCGGGACAAGCAACCCAGCCCCUCAGGAGCAAGGGACCCACGGCUGCAGGAGGACCCAGGGGCCUGGAAAAGGAAUUCUGGAGGCCUCAUGAGGGGCUUCCCACAGGGCCCCGCCCCCUCCAGACCCCUCCCCCCGGGCCUGGAGCUGGCAGCGUGCUCUCUGCAGUGAAGGUGGAGGACGGCUGGGCCCGGGGGCCCCCGGAGCCCGCAUCCUGUCAGCUCAGCAAGCGGACCCACGGCCCUUCUGCCGCGGGCAGCCCUGGGGACAAUGGAGGCACCGCCUGGGUCCGAGUGCCCAGCUGGGGCUCUGCAGCUCGAGCCGGCAGCGCCUCGAGCUCACCCCUGGAAGCCCUGGAGGCCUGUCUGAGGGGCAUCCCCCUGAGUGGGUCGUUACCUUCCCAGCCGCCAGCCAGCUCUUGGUCCCGGAGCCCCCAGCCAGGAGACCCUGGGUCUCAGAGGCCCGAGCUGCAGCGCCUCGGAUCACAGAGCAAAGGCUCCCAAGGCACCCCCGCCAGCUUCUCUUCGUCCAGCAGCAUUGACGGGGACCUGGAUUUCCAGAGCCCUGAGGGCAGCCAGGGGCAUCGGCCUGGAAAAGGAAGCCCCGUGGGAAGCUCCCCGCUCCAGGGCCUGGAGAACUGCCUCAGAGAGAUACCUGCACCUGGGCCGCAGCCCACCUGGUCCUGCUCCUCGGCAGGGCACAGGGGGCCGUGGAGAGUGGAGCCCAAGAACUGGACGGCAGGCAUGGAAGGACUGAGGGGCGAGGCCUGGGAGCCAGCCCACCUGGGACAGCGAGGGGGUGACGUGCCCACCAGGAGCCUCCGCCUGGCCAGCCCACAGGCACUUGCCUCUGGCACCAUCCCUGCCUGCCACCAGCGAGGUCCCAAGGACCCCGGGGCCGCCAGGCCAGGACCGUGGAGGUGGCUCCCAGAUGGGCCAGCCACCAAGCCCUCCCCACUCCACUGCCUGGAGAACUCUCUGAAGGGGAUUUUGCCCGGGGGGCCCUUGCGCUUCACCUGCCUGGCCGACCCUGUCCCGGGCCCCAGCCCCAGCCCCAGCUCCAGCUCCAGCUCCAGCUCCAGCUCCAGCAUCAGCAGCUCAGAAGGAGAAGACCCAAGGCUGGAGCCAGAGCUCUGGCAGCCCCUCCUGCAGGAGGGGGACCGCCUUCCCAGCUGCAAGGGCCUUGGCCCUCCUUCCCCACGCCCUGGCGGCCCUCGCACUGGCAGCAGCCCUGGUGAAGGCCAGAGAAGAGGCAAGACCGGGGACCACCGUGGUCUCAGUGCAGCAGGAAAAGCAGAAGAGAAGGUGAGAGGCUGGUCCCAUCCGCCCUGGAGAGAAGUGUGCUUGGAGAACCUGGGCCCGCCUGGCCCCCUGGGCAGCGCCGGCGGAGGUCAUGUCCAAAUACCCCCGGUCAGAGUGGCUCUGGGAAAACGAUGUGUAUCCACACCGCAAAUGCUCUGUGCUCUUCCUGCGGGGGCAGCUGUGGGUCCCCGCCCUGCCUUUCAGCUGGAGAAGAGGUUGGGGUCUGGGCCCUGCCAGCCUCCUGGGUCAGCCUGUGGGCCCCUGUCCUGGAAUCCGACGGCUGGUGAAGAGUUCAGGGGCCUGAGGCCCGGAGACGGAAGCCCAGGUGUUACAGCCGGGACCCACCCGAGGCCCCUUCCCGGAGAUCCGCCUGGGCCUCCCCCCGGAGCCGCCAUCCCUUGGGCUAUGCCGCGCGCCUCCCCGCGGCCACCGUGCCCCUGCGGGAGUUCCCUGCAGCACGAGCUCCGCAGCCUCGGUGCCGCCCUCUCGGAGAAGCUGGAUCGGCUGGCCGGGGCCCUGGCCGGCCUGGCUCAGGAAGUGGCCGCCGUGAGAACCCAGGUGGAUCGGCUGGGGCGGCGCCCGUGGGGCUCGGGGACGAAGGGCCUCCUCCGGGGCCCUCGCUGGACCGGUGGCCCUGCUCACAGACACGCGCCCUACUGGAGGCACAAGGGCCCCCGCAGGCCGAGACCGAAGAUCUUGCGGGGCCAGGCGGAAGGCUGCAGGGCUGGCGACUCCUCAGCCCUGGCCAGCGCGAAGCCCCGCCUGAUGCCUCAGCUGCCCCCGGACGUGCCCCUGGCAGAGGCUUCUGGGCCCAGCUCUGGCCCUCUCUCCUCGGCAUGCGGCAGCCCCGCUGUGCUGACCGUGUGUCACCCCCUCGGACGCCCGGAGGGCCACCGGAGCCCCCCGCCCCCUUUGCUGCCUGCUGUCCCACCCCCCCAGGUGGCCGCCAGUGCAGCAGAGCCUCGGGCUGCAGCAGCGGCACCACCCAGGACCCUGAAGUGGCCCAAGGAUCCAAGCAGCCUGUUGGCAGGGCUCCAGAGAGCCCUUGAUGGGGAGCUGUGGGGUGGGGAGCACAGGGACCCCGCGUGGGGGUCCCCUAGCCGCCAUCUUAAUGGGCUGCAUCCUGCCGAGGAUGCCCCACCCCUGGCCGCCUCUUCCGGGGGCCGGCCUCCGCCCUCGGCCCCCUGCAGCAGAACCUUCCCCGUGUCUGGACUAUGAGGGGGCCGGGGAUCUGCCCUUGGCCUGACCGCCCCAGACUCCAGGAUGCCCGUUGCUCAGGGAGGUGCGUUCCCCAGCCACGCCUCUGGCUUUCUUGACUCAGGUUCGUUUAGAUGUCGCUCCCACUCCUGCCCUUCCCGCUGGAACUGCCAGGGCCGGCAGGGGGUGGUAUGCGUACACGCGCGUGCACGCCACGUUGCCAGGGCGCUGCGAGCCACUGCAGGGACGCCACGCAGGAGAGCACCUCUUCCCACCUGCCGUCCUGACCUCAGCGCUGAGAAGCCGUGGCUGUCCUCUUCCUGGCGGAUGGGGGCUUAGCUUUCAUUUGGGGCAGAACUCCGACCCCUGGUCUAAUCUGGAUAUACCUGUGUGGAUUCUAAAAUUACCGACCCUGGUUGCUAAGGAAAAGGCCCAUGGCUCCUACAGAAAGGAGCCCAGAGGGGCCACACCAGGGCGUGGCUGAUGGGUUGUUACCAGCACUGGGGACAAGCCUGCCCUCCCAGAGCCUACAGAGAAUCAGCAACCCCCCUACCCCGCCCCCGCACACGACUCCCUUGUGUUUUAGAUGUGGCUUCUGUAAACAGCCUACGGUCGGAUUUUGUCUUAAUCCAGCCUGACAAAUUUGGUCCUUUGCUCAGAGCCCUUAAUCCAUUUAUGUGCAAAAUGAUUGCUGAUACAUUGA